AUGUCGAUCAUAAUUGGCGCCCUCGGCUCUAUAAUCGGCUACCUCGGCGCCGAAGCAGCGACAGAAUCCUUCUUCGAACGCCUGCUCUGGCCUGAGCGCUUCUACAACGACACUCAUCCAUAUGUCUUGUUCAUACUCUCGAUUUGCUUGCCCAUGGCGGGCCCCCUCCACGGAGCGGCUCUCGAGUCCCUUGACACGUUCCGCAAGAAUGGGCUAUAUCUUGGCAUGCGACGAGGCAACAUGCUUGGAACUACUUUUUUCCACGACACGGAGACUAAAUACUAUCAGCUGAAGGGACCGAAUACAAAUGAAAAAGGAGAUGCGAAGGAAUCGAGAAAUGGUUUUUGGGUACAGGUUUUAAGAGAAGUGAAAUGCCGGAACCGCGCUGCUCGAUUGGCGCCGCAGGAUCUGACAGAUCCCGCGACGGAUGAGAUUCCGCCGUAUCGUUCAAUGCAGCUGGUACAUCAUCUCAGGUUACAUUACGCAACAGAUGCGGAUCAUGCUGCGGUUGCAAAGCCUUUCAAAACAUAUUGGUUGACGUGCUAUUUGCUCGUGCCAUUGGUUCUGAAGCUUAUAGCCCUGUUUGUACGAGUCCGUCGAGAUUCGAUCCUCGACGACAAAGAGAACACUGAGGGCCAUCCAGAAUCCGAAGACGAGCUGUACGAGAUUGAGGAUCCGACACACGGCUUUGCCAUAAUUCAAGGGCCCCCGAGCGUGGUCCUACAGUUCUUCAGGCAUUAUGGGCAUCCAACAAGGGACAGCGGAGCAGCCGGUCGUAGAAAUCGGGCGAGGGAGCUCCUGUCAAUGAUCCUCAUUUACCUCUUCGUACUUUAUUUCCCCGCGGGGUUGAUCAGCUCUUUAUGGAUGCCGAGCAAUGUGCAGCUUCUGUGGCUUAGCUUUCAGGUCUAUUCAAUUUUGGCGAUGCACGUUGUUCGGAUUGUUGGCUGGGACCAGUGUGGCAGGACCGAGGCGCGAGUCGCGAGGCAUUUGGAGCAGAGGAGACGUGUCUGGCUGCGGCGUCCGGAUGGGUUGGGAAUAGUUGCUUGGCUGGAGACGAUAGAUGUUCCCAAUGUCGACAGUGCGAAGCGAGAGGUGGAUGCAAUCGUUCGAGACCAUUUUCGGAAUCGACAAGCACCCUGGGGUCGCCUGCAGCAGUUGAUGGAGAACAUACGGCGAACCUCGUUGGGUAUGAGCAUUAAGAAUGGGCCUCAAACUAUCGAGCUUGGGCGCAACUUGGGCCAAAACUGGUUCAAAUCUGUCAAAACCUGA